CAAACCUCCUCCCCAAUAUAUUUGCCUUCUUCUCUAAUAAUUCUGCUUUCUCUGUUGUUUUGUUGUUUUUCUUUCUUUCAUCUUUUAUUUGCCAACCCAUUUCCAGUCUUUACAACUUUCAUCAUGGCAUAGAAAUACGAGAAGAAGCCAUGUGAAUUAGGUGUAAAAGAAUGGGAGAUCGCCAAACUUUUUCUAUAAUAAGAUAGACCUCAAUCAGCAGAAGAGACAUCAGCUUAUUGCUUCACUCUUAAGGAGAUAUGGAAUCCACUGCUAAAUCAUCCAACAAGCAGUCAUCCAUGAUACCUCCCAUACCUAGAGAUUCUCGCGGAUCUCUAGAAGUAUUCAAUCCUUCGUCUUUUUCGACCCGACCCACUAAUCCUGCCUUUCGCUCGAACUCCGGUUGGCAAAGUUGGGUUGAGCAGCAACCGUAUGAAAGUCCAAGAUUUGAUCCAUCUACUGUAUCUUCUCACUCGGGCCAGACUGAAGAAAUUACAUCAUGGAUGGCUCUUAAGGAUACUAGUCCACUGCCUUCAGUACCACUAAUAUCAGAAUCCCAAGACGUUCCUGACGAAAGAUUAAGAACGGGUACUCCUACAGAACUAUCAGGAGAAGUUGGCAUUGCAGCAAAAAGGGCAGCAGAGUGGGGUCUAGUGCUAAAAACAGACACAGAAACGGGUAAACCGCAAGGGGUUGGAGUGAGGAAUUCAGGCGGGGAUGAACCCAAUACUAGUAAUAAAACGGGGACUUCAAGAAGAAACUCGAAUAAUUCAGUUCGGAGCUCCGGUGAGUUAUCGGAAGAUGAAGGAGGAAAUAAAGGAAUUCCUAGAGUGUCUGAAGACAUAAAAGAUGCAUUAUCCUCUUUCCAACAAACAUUUGUGGUAUCAGAUGCUACAAAACCUGAUUACCCAAUCAUGUAUGCAAGUGCUGGAUUCUUUAAAAUGACAGGAUAUACUUCUAAAGAGGUUGUAGGCAGGAAUUGUCGGUUUUUACAAGGAGCUGGUACAGACCCAGAAGAUGUGGCCAAAAUUAGAGAGGCAUUGCAACAAGGAAAUAGUUACUGUGGAAGAUUGUUGAAUUAUAAGAAAGAUGGGACACCAUUUUGGAACCUUCUCACAAUUUCUCCUAUUAAGGAUGAAUCUGGAAAAGUCCUCAAAUAUAUUGGAAUGCAGGUGGAGGUUAGCAAAUUCACAGAGGGGUCCAAGGACAAAACGUUGCGUCCAAACGGAUUGCCUGAAUCUUUGAUCAGAUAUGAUGCACGUCAAAAGGAAAUCGCAACAAGUGCAGUAACUGAACUUGUUCAAGCAGUGAAGAGACCUCGGGCACUUAGUGAAUCUACUAACCGUUCUUUAACGAGAAAAUCUGAAGGUGGUGAAGAAGAGGAAAGAAAACGAGCUGUAGGAAGACGAAAUUCAGAGAAUGUACCUUCAAAUAGAAGAAGAAAUAGUUCAAUGGAGCGAAUCACUGAGUUACCUGAAAAGAAACCAAGAAAAUCCAUACGCCUUUCUUUUAUGGGGCUGAUGAGGAAAAGUACUCAAUCAAAUGAUGAGAGCUCUAAUGAUGGUAUUAUUCUUAAUGAUGAUGAUGAUGAUGAUGAUGAUAACGAUGAUGGUGAUCUGGAGACUGAUGAUGAUGCUAGGCCAGAUAGCGUUGAUGAUAAAGUAAGGAAGAAGGAAAUGAGAAAGGGUAUUGAUCUUGCUACUACACUUGAACGUAUAGAGAAAAACUUUGUUAUUACUGAUCCAAGGCUGCCAGAUAAUCCCAUUAUAUUUGCCUCUGAUAGCUUCUUGGAGCUGACAGAGUACAGUCGCGAAGAAAUCUUGGGAAGAAAUUGCCGAUUUUUGCAAGGGCCUGAAACUGAUCCAGCUACUGUGAGGAAAAUAAGAGAGGCAAUUGAUAAUCAAACAGAUGUUACAGUGCAGCUGAUUAACUACACCAAGAGCGGAAAAAAAUUUUGGAACCUUUUCCAUUUGCAGCCUAUGCGUGAUCAGAAGGGAGACGUGCAAUAUUUCAUUGGAGUUCAACUAGAUGGAAGUGAGCAUGUUGAGCCGCGCGCAAAUUGUAUUCCGGAAGAAACUGCGAUAGAGAGUGAAAAACUGGUGAAAAAAACUGCAGAAAAUGUUGAUGAAGCACUAAGAGAACUUCCGGAUGCCAAUAUGACACCAGAAGAUUUAUGGGCAAACCAUUCGAAGGUUGUCUGUCCAAAACCUCAUAGAAAGGAUUCUCCUUCUUGGAAAGAAAUUCAAAAGAUUCUAGAUGAUGGAGAACAAAUAGGCCUAAAACAUUUUAGGCCUGUAAAGCCCUUGGGAUCUGGUGACACUGGCAGUGUUCAUUUAGUAGAAUUAUGUGGAACUGGUCAAUUUUUCGCCAUGAAAGCUAUGGACAAGAAUGUUAUGCUCAACAGAAAUAAGGUGCAUAGGGCUUGUGCAGAGAGGGAAAUUCUUAACAUGUUGGACCAUCCUUUCCUUCCAGCAUUAUAUGCUUCAUUUCAGACUAAAACACAUAUUUGUCUGAUAACUGAUUAUUGCCCCGGUGGAGAGCUGUUCAUGCUUUUGGACAGACAACCAACAAAAGUACUCAAAGAAGAUGCUGUGAGGUUCUACGCUGCAGAGGUAGUUGUUGCAUUGGAGUACCUUCACUGUCAAGGGAUAAUAUACAGAGAUUUGAAGCCUGAGAACGUCUUACUCCAGAGCAAUGGACAUGUAUCCUUGACCGAUUUCGAUCUAUCAUGUUUGACAUCCUGCAAACCACAGCUUUUAAUUCCAACUACAUAUGAAAAGAAAAAGAAGAAGCAGAAAAAGCAACAGCAGACUCCAGUCUUUAUGGCUGAACCUAUGAGAGCUUCCAAUUCUUUUGUUGGCACCGAAGAGUAUAUAGCUCCGGAAAUUAUAACUGGUGCAGGCCAUACUAGUGCAGUGGACUGGUGGGCUCUUGGAAUACUUCUAUAUGAAAUGCUUUAUGGAUAUACACCAUUUAGAGGAAAAACAAGGCAAAAGACUUUUGCCAAUGUUCUUCAUAAAGAUCUUAAAUUCCCAGGAAGUAGGCAGGUCAGUCUCCAAGCAAAGCAAUUAAUGUACAGGUUGUUGCACAAAGAUCCCAAAAGUAGAUUGGGUUCUCAUGAAGGAGCUAAUGAGAUCAAAAGGCAUCCAUUCUUCAAGGGUGUCAAUUGGGCAUUAGUUCGCUGCAUGAAACCUCCUGUUCUGGAAACUCCUCUAUCUCAGGCUGAAGCAGAAAAGGAACCUAAACUUGUGGAUCCUGAACUCCUCGACCUACAAACAAAUGUUUUCUAAAGAGAAUUUUUUUCCUUUAUUUUUUUUUUAAGGGAAGUAUGUUAUAUGAACUGCAUUUGGUAGAAGACGAUGAUAUAAUGUCAAAAGCUCAUCUCAUUUUUCCAAUGGAUUGAUCUAGAUUAUGUUUCACCAUUGAAAUUGAGUGUCCUGAUGGUGUUAUAUGUAAUAAUAUAACAUGCUUGAUGCUUGUAAUUUUGUGCAAGUAUAUGUGUUAAGUAUUGCUUGCUUUGAAGUAAUUUGUUAUUGAUUUAAUUUA